UCGAAAUGGUACAUACAAAAGGACUCGAGGGCUAGAGUAGAAUCUCUCCAUCUUCCACCAUCUAUCGAUGGCGCCAUCCAUCCCCACAACAUAUGCAAAAUUCACACUAGUAUUGCUUAUAGCAAUUGUAGUGGGCCACUCCAACGCUGAAGGGAGGAGAAUGAAGGAGACCAACAUGGUGUUGUACUUGCAAGACUGGGUAGGUGGGCAGAAUGUGACGGCCACUACGGUAGCUGGAAUCAACGGCACCAAAUCAGGCGUGCUAAGCUUCGGGACUAUAACAGUGAUCGACCAUGCGCUAACUAUAGGCAUUGAUAGCCGAUCAAUGCAGGUCGGACGAGCUCAAGGCAUAUAUGUAGGUGCUGCGAUGGAUGGUAGCAGUCUACACUUUCUCUUCUCCAUCGUCGUUACAAACGGCCAAUACAAAGGCAGCACGCUAGAGAUCCAAGGGCCGGAUCCGAUAUUAGUAAAACAAAGGGAGGUGUCGGUGGUGUCGGGCACAGGCAUGUUUCGCUACGGCAAAGGUUAUGUCAUUAUAGAGCGGGUCUACUUCGACCCAAUCACACUCAAUGCAGUUCUCAAGUUCAAUGUAACUGUACGGUACCCUGUUAGGUCCGACAUGCAUAAAUAAAUACAACAAUAUUAGUGAAAAUAA